AUGGUUGAACGUUUUCACCGCCAACUCAAGGCAUCCAUAAAAGCAUCUUCAGACAGUUUUCACUGGCUGGAACAUCUUCCCCUCCUUGGUAUUCGAUCCACGGUUAAGGAGGAAGUUGGAUAUACUCCGGCUGAACUCAUCUAUGGCACAGCACUCACCUUACCUGGACAGAUGAUCGAACCUGUUUCAUCACAAGACCUUCCUGACCCAGCACAAUAUGUGCAUCGAUUACGGACAUCCAUGUCGCAUUUGUCACCUGCAGUCCCCAGACAACAGAACGUCGUUUCACAUGUCCCAAAAGACAUCAACACUUGGACUCAUGUUUUCGCGAGGAAUGAUGGGAUACCAUCCCAACUUCAGCCACCAUAUUCCGGGCCCUACAAAGUUAUCAAAAGAGGACCCAAGUAUUUCGUUCUCGAUAUUGAAGGUAAACGAAAUACAGUAUUGACUGAUCGUUUGAAAAAAGCCUUCAUCGAGGACGACUUACAUUCAGUUCCCUCCGUUCCUAGAACGGACUCAUCAACUCCAGCAGAUACCACGGAUUCUGCACAACCCCGGCACACCAAAUCGGGAAGAACAGUUCGAUGGCCCGCAAGGUUUGUGCAGGUUUUUCAGGUAAGUCCCAAUUCUUAA